CGCGGGUUGGAGUGCUGUCGUCACACAAAUCUUUGGUUGUCAUUCUCCGAGCCCACCGGUGUGCGUGUCGAGCAUCGGAUGAUUUCACGAGGGCGGUGCCAAGUCGGAGGAAAUCGUGUCGUGGACUGACCGGCUCCUGAGAAGACCGAAGAGGAUCUCACCGGUAGUUGCAUCUUCUUCAUCAGCGCCGUUGCUUUUCACACCGACAAGCCCCUGGUUUAGCUAGCUCAUUUGCUAACCAACGUUAGCCGUUUAUACCAACCAGCUCAUAAAACAACUGUUAGCUAUUUUUUUUAUGUCCCGAAUUCCAGAAAUAUCUGUUAAUUAUUCGAAACGGAAAAUUAACCACAUUAUGGAGACUGAGAUACACGUGCCUGUUGGGUCGCCGGUAAUUCGAAAAUUCCCGAUUUUCGUGGAGGAAAAUAAUGUAACGGAUGGAGCAAUGAAGCUGAUAAAGCAGCUUCGGCCAGCGUGGGACAUGAACCAUGUCAAGACCAAGCUCUUCACUGAUGGGACCACUAAUAAGCUGGUUGGUUGUUAUGUGGAGGCGAGUCCAGAAGACGUGGUUCUGGUACGUGUGUAUGGGAACAAGACGGAGCUGAUUGUCGACCGAGACAACGAGCUCAAGAGCUUCCAGGUGCUGCAUGCUAACGGCUGCGCGCCGCGGCUCUACUGCACCUUCCAGAAUGGCCUUUGCUACGAGUUCAUGCAGGGGGACGCCCUCGGAACACAGGACGUCAGGGAUCCAACCAUACUCAGACUGAUAUCCAGGGAGAUGGCUCAUAUCCAUGCGAUCCAUGCACACAACGGCUGCAUCCCCAAACCCAAUCUGUGGAUUAAGAUGAGGAAAUAUUUCUCUCUGGUCGCUACAGAGUUCACCGACCAAGCCUCCAACACCAGGAUCCAGCAGGAGGUGCCCAGCCAGGCGGUGUUGGAGCAGGAGAUGGUGUGGAUGAAGGAGCACUUGUCCAAGCUGGGCUCUCCUGUGGUGCUCUGUCACAACGACCUGCUCUGCAAGAACAUCAUCCACAACAGCAAAGAGGGCCAUGUCCGGUUCAUAGACUAUGAAUACUCUAGUUACAACUAUCAGGCCUUUGACAUUGGGAACCACUUCAACGAGUUUGCAGGUAAGAAGAGAUACAUAGGCUGUAUCUUAGUCAUGACAUGUACUGUACACCAUAUAUUAAUAUGUGUAUGUUCAGGUAUGAGUGAGCUGGACUAUGGGCUGUAUCCUAGCCGUGAGAUGCAGCUGGAGUGGCUGCGUGUGUAUCUGCACGCGUACAAGGCGUCCACUAAGAAAGGAGAGGAGGUCAGCGACAGAGAGCUCGAGACUCUCUACGUACAGGUCAACAAGUUUGCCCUGGCGUCACACUUCUUCUGGGGCUUCUGGGCACUCAUCCAGGCCAAGUACUCCUCCAUAAAUUUUGACUUCCUGGGCUAUGCUGUGCUGCGUUUCAACCAAUACUUCAAGACCAAGCCUGCAGCGAUGGCCCUACAGAUCCCAGAAUGAGAGGGGAAUACAAGAGAAGAGAGGUUCACCGGCACUGACCAGGGGAGCAGACCCACUUUGCGCAAGAGAGGACUGGGAUGGGUGACAAGGGUUGGGGUUAAUGUUUAGGGCUGAGUAUGUGGUUAAGGCAGCGAUGUCAAACUCAUUCCAUUGAGAGCUUAGUGUAUGCUGGUUUUUGGUUUUUCCUUUCCAUAAAGCCCUAGACAACCAGGUGUGGGAAGUUCUUUACUACUUAGUGACCUUUAUUCAUCAAUCAAGUACAACGGAACAGCGAAAACCUAUAGACACUUGGCCCUGGAAUGAGUUUGACACUUGUGGGUAAUAACAUUAAGGGGACAGUGUGGAUGGACCCCAACAUAAAACACUAUUUUAUUCCUAUUCAACUCAGUCCACCUGUCUCAGCACUCAAGAUCCCAAUCCGCCACGGUUGGUGUGUUUUCAUUUGUUAUAUUUGAUUUAUUCUGUGAAGAAUUGAUUGAUCCAGUGAGAUUCAUUCCCCAGACAGACAGGUAGCUGGAACACUAGUUUUUGGUGCUGACAUGGAGGACAGUGUGCAGACACAGUUAUGUAUAUGUGGGUUUCUGGGUUUACUCUUUGGCUGUCGCUGCACAAAGCGUGUGCUGUGGGACAGAGGAGGCUGUCAUCGUCAAGCCCUUACCUUUGGCACUGAUCUAAUAGGAUUUAUUUUUUGAUUUAGUAAUGGAGAGACCUUGAAAUUAGUGUAUAUGGUAUACAUCAAACUUUACAAAAGCGGAACAAAAAAAAACUUGAAAAAAGGGCCCGCAAACUGAGUGAACAGUAACUUGAAGUCCAUUCUCUCAGAUCAACACAAAGUGGCUAGGGGUUGAUUUAGUACUGGCAAGUAGUUGAUUUUCGGUAAAGGGACCAUAAAUGUGAUGGGAAGAGAGGGGCUAGACAGGACAGUGAUAUGGUAGUUUUAAUAAUGUCUGAUGGCAGAGCAUCUUCAGUGGCCAGGAGCAGCUUUGCGUCAUUGAUGCUAAACUUUAAACCAGUUCUCCCUCUUAGCCUCUUUUCCACCACUUUAGCUUUUAUGGUUAUGGUGACUCGCUCUGUUAGACUUUCCACCCCUCCAGACCAUUCGGAAAAUCCCAACCUCAAUCACCCUUGUCACACCCCUUCCCCCUGCCCCCUCUUCCUCCCCUUUCUCUCUCCUUCUUCUGCCCUAUAUCGCUUCCUCCUCUCCCCUCUCUCUUGAUUGGCUGGGAAGGGACUUUUGCCUGAUGUGCACAUACUUACUAUAACAUCCCAACCUCUCCCCACCCCUAUCAAGUUACAACUUCCCUAAAAAGGAGCCAAAACCUUAUAUAAUGAGGUUACUUAAACCUCAUUACUGAAACUGUGUGUUAGGUCAGGGCAAAUCGAGGCUUCAAAGUGUCUGGGACCAGUAAUCCUGGGCUGAUGUUUUUGUUCUGAAGCUUGUCUAUGAGGAUGUGAGUGAGGUGACCAAGGACAAGACAGCAGGAAGUCCACACUAAGCCAGCAGUCACUUCUCUAGCUGGCAUCACGGCACACAGGUCUUUGGAGGGUCGCUGGACCAAAUAACUCCCAACACCCUUCCUUACCCCAGGCAGCAAGCCCCUCCAGACUAGUUCUGACCUCUCCAUCCAGGCAUUCAGUCCUAGUUCAGUUUUCUCUAUUUGAAUUUUUUGCAAUUCAGUGCUUUUAAGGGUCACCUUAUGUUGGCUCUUUCCUCUCCAACAAGCCCUCUCAGAUCAGAGGGUCAACAUAAAAAAUAGAGAGCCGUGUUAAAGUAUGGAGAUACGGGUAACUGACAAAAUAAUGGAAACGCUUGCGUAAAUGCAGCAUAUAUUGAAAGCAUGUGCUUCCACACAGGUGUGGCUCCUGAGUUAAUUAAGCAAUUAACAUUCCAUUAUGCUUAGAUUAAUGCAUACAAAAUGGUGGGUAAAGACAUUUUGGCCACAUGGCUAUGGAUGACAAUAGGAUGACAAUUCCCCCAUCCACAGGUCACAAGUGGUCACUGAAUGAGCAUGAAAACAAUGUAAACCAUAUGCCAUGGCUGUCUGUCACCAGAUCUCAACCCAAUUGAACACUUAUGGGAGAUUCUGGAACGGCGCCAUCAACAAAACACCAUCUCAUGGAAUUUCUAGAGUUCCAGACACUUGUAGAAUCUAUGCUAAGGUGCAUUGAAGCUGUUCUGGCUCGUGGUGGCCCAACGCCGUAUUUAAGACGCUUUAUGUUGGUGUUUCCUUUAUUUUGGCAGUUACCUGUAUAUCGUCUAGCCUGUCCUGUGAUUCUUCCAAAUUACCACUAGGGGGAGAAAGGGAGUGCUGACCCCUGCCUUGCCCUCCCCUGGUUUUCUCCUGUUACUGACGGGGUUAAUAAUUCACCAGUCUGACAGAGGGGACAUCAAUCAUUCAGCAGACCGUGACACUGUGGCUUACCAGCCUGAGCAGGGCAGGCCCAUAACUCAGGCCUGGAGUCAAGAAGGCCCUCUCACCUGUCAGUCACUAACAUGAGUUAAUAAUUUAUUAUUAGUAUUUUUUUUAAACACGAUGUUGAAGAGAAGGACUCCCUGCAAUUCCUGCCUGGUUGUUAUGAGGAGUCAAUAGCCUCGCAUGCCAGGCCUCUUUGUUCCCCUAGUAAACGCCAAAAUAUGUUGUCUGGCAACGUGGUGAGACUGAUGAGUCCCUGAGCAGCCUCUUGGUUGGGACAGACUCGGAAGAGCUCGCCUUUUUGUCCCUCGUCACCAGCCGUACAGGCUGGGAGGGUAGAUGGAGUAAAGCCAUUGUCACCAACUCCGGUCCUAGAUAGCAACAGUAUAGAUACUAACACACAUGGUUCCACUAAUCAACUAAUCGGUGUGUUAAUGCUGUGCUGGAACAAAAGCCUGCAACUCUCCAGGACCAGGAUUUUUGACCACUGGAGUAGUGUUAAUCAGGGCAUCCACAACAUAUAGAAAUGCAACAAAUGGAAUGGAAAUGACUCGUACGUAGGAUUGGGUCCACUCUAUACGGUACAUUUCAAUCUGCAACAUUCCAAACCUUUUACCCUUCUGAGUCUGUGUUUGAGGGUUUUUAUGAGAGAGGAGUUGGUUGUGAGAAGAACCUUUUAUUGUAGUGUUUCCUAAAUGGAUGAUUGAGGCCAAUCCCUCUUGUAUGAAGGUUGUAAGACCAUUAUGGACAGAGACAUUACUUUGACAGGCUUUAUGUGAGUCACAACGCCCCAUCUGCUCUACGUGAUAUUUGCCAGUAGACUUUGGGUUGAACCGAGAGCUGACAAGUGCUGAUUGAAGAGCGCAAUGAAUUCUUGUUUAUCGUAAAUGUAUAUAUGUGAAUGUGUUUCCUUUGAAUGAACCGUAACAUUUCAAUUGAAACUAAAACUGUAUUCUCUUGUUAGGGUGCAUCUCUGUGUUGCUUUCAUCCUGUGUUUGGUGAUUUUUAAGGAGAGAUGAGUAGGGGAAGCCACUUUUAGAUUGAGACACCAUAAGAGUAUGAGGAAGAUAAGGUGGUUGAGAUGUUCUAUGCACCAAAGCACUCACUGGGGUCUGUGGUUCCUAUUCAGAAGUCACUAGAUGGCCAAACAAGUUCACUGAUCAAGAACGUUUUUGUUUUUUGUUGAAGGGUAAAUGUUGCAACAGGUAUGAAUAAGUUGGGAUUAAUGGUUAAAAUCUCAUUUGUGAUUAGAAAGCAACAACCUACUUCUAUCUUUAAUAACAUGGCCUGACGGUGGUGUUAUAAAUGAGUGCUUUCUGAAUGCUCAAUCAACCAAGAAUGAUCCUGGGUUUUAUGGAAAUGCACCCACUUAUUGAAGGUUAAGGCUGCUUUUCUAUUCUCAAACCUGCCCCACAUUCUGCCUAUGCCCGUGUUAACUCCCCCAGGCAGAUUUUAAAGCUUUGGAUAAGUGUAAAUGGUGUGCACCAUUUUUUUGAUAGUAAGAUGGUGGAAACGCCCUCCUGCCUGACACUCCAAUCUUCUCAGAUCUUUGAGGGCACAUGGACGGGAGCGAGUUGAAGAAUCGGACCCUACUGUAGGAGUAGCUAUAUAGUAGUACCAUACACUACAUCAUAUGCCUUCCCUGGAAGAGCAUUGAUUUCCAUUAGUAUUACUGAGGGUGUCCAAGAAGACGUUGCACACUUGCAUUCAGUCAUUCAUUAAAGUUAGGUAAGAUCCGGAACUGAGGUGUGCGUGCACUAAUGUGGGACCUGAUUUUGUUAUUCCAGCAUAGGAUAUGUGCUGGCUAUGGAAGGCUUAUAUCUUGAUGGUGGUGUUUUUAGACUAGAAAUGUUUAAAGGAGGUAUUUAUUGGGUGAACCGGUCAUGGCAUUUCUUUCAUAAAAAAAAAAAACAGUACAUACCAAAAUGGUUAGCGUCAAAGCUUGCAGUUCAUUUGAAAUUAACUUGUGUGAAUGUACUAUACUGGCUUAACUUGAAAACCCACUGUACAGAACUUGAUUUACUUUCUAACUGUUCAUUAGAAUCUGUAAAAGAGGGCCCAACAUUUCAAGAUGUAUGUAAUGUUUGUGCUGGCGUGUGUGGAGUCAGCCACUCCUGAAGAGGACGCUGUAGCAUUAAAGGCCAGCGGAGAGGAGACAGGUUGUAAAUACUGUGAAUCUGUCUACAGUGAUCCUCCACACUUCUGGGAGAGUCAUUUAAGUAAAGUAAAUAUUUCCAUUAAAAAAAAACUUGUAUCGAU